AUGGAAAAUCACGAGGAAUACGAAGUUGAGGCAAUUCUGGAUAUGGGAAUAUGUCCAAAAGGCAAAACAUGGUACCUUAUCAAGUGGAUUGGGUACGAAGAAUCCACAUGGACUUUUUACAAAGAUGUGGGCGAUGGAUGUCCUGACAUAAUGAGAAAAUUCUUGAAAGACUUCAAAAAAUCCAACCGUGCACCAGUUGAGUUGGUGGUAACCCAUCCAUUCACUGCGGAGCCAGAAGAAUCCGAUGAAGAUUUUUCUAAUGAAGUAGUGGAGCCUCCUCCGUUUCAAAAUGAGAAUUGUUCACCAGCUUCAUCUUCUCAUUGUUAUGGCCAACAUUCUCCUCCAGCUUCAUCUUCUCAUUGUGAUGGCCAAAAUUCUUCGCCAGCAUUAUCACUUCAUAUCCAUUAUUCCAAAAUUGCCAGGACGGCGACCAGCUCUCUAUCGGAGGACAUCGUUGAAUACCUCGCGCAUUGUCGCUACGAGUCAGUGUACGCCGACACCAUGGCGACCGUUGCAGACUCACCUAGGCUGACUACACGCGUGUCAGAGUAUGCUAUUUUAAAGCGCCCAAUGAGAUUUUUCUCCAGCGAGUAG